AUGACGACGGAGACGUGCGCGCCCACGCCCGCGUUACUCGCGCUCUUACGCGCCUGCGAUGGGUCGAUCGAACCGCGAUCGCAAGGCGCCGAGGCGCGCGUGUACGACGUUCAACUGAGCGGCGUCGAGUGCGUCGCCAAGCAGCGAUUCGCCAAGACGUACAGACUUCGUGAGCUCGACGAGCGUCUGACGCGAUCGAGACUGAGCGCGGAGGCGAGAACGAUGGUGCGGGCGCGGAAACUAGGCGUCUUAGCGCCGCACGUCGUGCACGUGGACGCGAAGGAGUCGUGCGUGUACAUGGAGCGGAUUCGCGGCUGCGCGUUAAAGGAGGCGCUGCGGAGCGGAGAGACGACGCGAGAGGACUUGAGGCGGUUCGGUGAGGAGAUCGGCGUUGCCGUGGCGAAGUUACACGACGGUGGAAUCAUUCAUGGGGACCUGACGACGAGUAAUUUGAUGGUGAGGGAUGAAGACGGGAGAGUCGUUGUCAUCGAUUUUGGCCUGAGCUACCCUAGCAAGCUUCCGGAAGACAAGGGCGUGGAUCUGUACGUGUUGGAGCGAGCGAUCACUGCGGCGCAUCCGUCGCAGACGGUGUUAUUCGAUGAUAUACUCGCCGCGUACAAGAAGACGUCACAGAUGUGGUGCUCGACGUUGAACAGAUUCGCCGAGGUUCGCGCCAGAGGUCGGAAGCGCUCGAUGGUGGGUUGA